CUUGCGCACGAUGCAAUGACCUUAAGCAUUGCAUCCGCGGGCAAGAGGAGUCAGAGGACACGGGAAAAUGGCGGCCGCGGCCAGCUGCGAUUAGCGUGCCUCACCGUACGCUGGUUAGGGCUAGGGACGCGCAGCCCGCGCGGCGUCACGCAGCGUGAAGAACAAAAUCGUUCUUCACGAAUUUCCAGUUUCGAGCAAAGUCCACGUCAAGUGCGUCAACUAUGUGACAUUCGAGUGACAAAAUUGGAAGAUACUCUCCCGCUGUUGUGUCUACGCACAGUAUUUGAAAAUCGUUGGUCUACGUUGGCCAGUUGUGCCGAGCCGGUACGUGUAAUACCUGACGAUGAGAUUUUGCAUUUGUAA